AUGGUUAUCGGCGUAGCCCAACUAACCGCCGCACAUACGCCGACUUCUACACCGUGCCACCCCUCUACCGCCACUCAUCCGCCUACUAAUACACCGCAGCAUCCUCCUAUCGCCACACAUCCACCUACACAUACACCCCACCACCAUCCUAUCGUCACACAUCCGCCUACUCAUGCACCGCACCAUCGCCCUAUCGUCACACAUCCGCCUACUCAUACACCGCACCACCGCCCUAUCGUCACACAUCCUCCUACUCAUGCACCCCACCACCCUCCUAUCGUCACACAUCCGCCUACUCAUGCACCGCACCACCCCCCUAUCGCCACACAUCCACCUACUCAUGCACCGCACCACCCCCCUAACCCCGCCAAUCCGCCUACUCAUGCACCAUGCGCCCCUUCGAAGAUCGCAUGCUACGAUGUCACACAUUUUGGAGCCGUCGGAGAUGGGAAAACAAAUGAUACCAAAGCUUUUCAGGCGGCAUGGAAGGCAGCUUGCAAUGGAACGGAGAGCGAAGUGAAGAUAACGGUACCCUUUGGCAAGUCGUUUUUGGUGUUUCCCGUCGUUUUUAAUGGCCCAUGCAAAUGCCACACCAUCACCUUCGAGAUACUAGGAAAGAUUAUUGCACCUCCGAGGUCAGGAUGGUCGAAGAAAGGCACAGAUGAAUGGCUCUACUUUCAUCGUGUGGACAACCUUCUCGUGUCCGGUGACGGAAAAGGAUUACUCGAUGGUAAAGGAGAAACAUGGUGGCAACAUGGCAGCAGUUCCCGACCCACUGCGUUGCGAUUUUCUCACUGCAGCAAACUUAAUGUGAGAGGACUGAAACAUAUAAACAGCGGAAAAAACCAUGUUUCGCUAAACCAUUGCGAUGACGUAAACGUUUCAAACCUUACAAUGAUCGCACCUCAGUUUAGUCCCAACACAGAUGGUAUUGACAUUAGCGCUUCGACCAAUCUUCACAUUCACAACUGUACUAUGGAAACUGGGGAUGACUGUAUUGCUAUUAAUGGGGGCACUUCAAAUGUCUCCAUAUCCAACAUAAGAUGUGGUCCUGGACAUGGAAUAAGCAUUGGAAGUUUAGGGAAAAAGGGAAAGCACGAGAUAGUAGAAGCAAUAAGCGUAAGAAAUUGCACUUUUAACAGAACUGAGAAUGGAGUCAGGAUCAAGACAUGGCAGGGAGGUUCUGGAUUUGCCAGGAAUAUCACCUUCGCAAAUAUACGCUUCAUAGACGCUGAUAACCCUGUCAUCAUUGACCAGUAUUAUUGCCCUCACAAGAAAUGCGCUAACAAAACAUCAGCAGUACAAGUUACUGACGUGACAUACAUGGGACUUCACGGGACAUCCAGCUGCAAGAACGCUACAAUUAACUUCAGUUGCAGUGAGACUUUUCCUUGCACUAAUAUCGUACUAAAAGAUGUUGACAUAGAAUCGGACGAUCCAAGUCGUCCAACAUCCGCCACCUGUAUCAAUGCUCAUGCAAGAGUUGAUCAUAUACAUGCACUGAAGAAACGGAAGUUGUUAGAAUCAUAA